GGUUGUUGUGCUGAUGAAGUGGAAGAGCUGGUUUUGCUGGGGAAGGGAAGGGAAGGAAGGCGAGCUUUGGGUUGCCUCCUCCUCCUCCUCCUCUUGGGCGCAGGAGGAGGAGGCUGCUUGCUCCUCGUCUGCUUGCCUGCUUCGUUGUGCAACCGAGUCCUUCGCAGAAGAAAGAGGAGAAGGGAGGAAGCGGGCUGUUUCUGCAGGAGUUGCUGCUGCCCCCGCUGCCGUUUCCUCCUCCUCCUCCUCAGUAGGGAAGGCUUUCUGCUCCCAAUCCCUCCUCCUCCUCCUCCUCCUCCUCUGCCCCCCAAGCUGUGAUCUCAAAUCCGUGACUCAGAGAUUUGCAAUCCUGACACUCACUGCAACCGGAGCAGGGCCAGAGGAAGGCUCUGGAUCCGACCAGCUUGCAGGAGGAGGAUUAAGAAAGAAGAAGGGGAAGCAAACUUCCUGGCUGUCUCUUGUUUUGGGGGGGCGCCGGGCCUCAUUUGGAUAUUUCUUUCGGGUCGUGGGAACUUAAGGAAAGUGGGGCACCGCGAUGGAUCCGAGGCUUGUUUUUCUCCGGCGGCUGCGGAAAGGGAGGUUCUGACUCUAAAUGGACUCACAGUUCCUUUUGAAUCACAGUGUGUAAAUCGGAAAGGCUGACAAACCAAAAUCUGUCUCUUGCAUCCCUAAGUGUAUUAGAACCUUGGCCAGUGAGGUUCUUUUUAUAUUGCCCUUCACUUAAUCCUCAUGCACUAGAAAUGGACUGGCUGUUGGUCUGAUUUUUCCCUGCACUUUUCAACCAUGAGUCUGCAGGCUCAGCAGAAGUCUUCAGGCAAGAGGGGAGGGAAACGGCAUGCCUAUUAUAGCGAACCACCUGGACUGUUAAAAGACGCCCAACAGCAACAGAUAAAAGAAGAGCAUUACUACGGCCAUGUGGGUAAUAUGCCUGCCUCCCAAACGGUGGAGCUUGCCAAGUCGGGGGUCUUCAGUGGUGUCCCCAGUAAUGCAGCUCUGCUGAAUUCUGUUUAUCAAGAGCGAGGGGAGGCCCGGAUGACUCCCCAGCAGUUAGCCGCUGCCAAGUGGCAGAACUCCCUGAUGGGGAAUCGGUUGCCUGAGCGGAGCGAGGCCAGUUGGCAUCCUCCGCAGCCUGGAGCAUGGAAUCAUGGCAUGGUUUAUGGAGGAGGCAGCCAGAAGGGGGGCCACCCCAAUGCUGGCAUCCCAGGAUUCUACAGCCACCCAGAGACCAUGAAAAGAAACCGGGAGAAGGGUGCCGUCAUGUCACAGCUGAACAUGUAUGGAGAUGCCGUCCAGCAGAUGAUGUCUCAAAAAGCUCAGCUAGAACAGCAAGCCCUGGUCCGCCAACAAGCUCAGAUCAAUCAAUAUCAGCAGUUGCAUAAGCAACAGCAACAGACUCAGAACCAGACACUUCCUUUGCAGCCUUUCCAGCUUGCCUUUGGCCAUCAGGGCCAAAAGCAGGGGCUCCCUGAACUGUUGCAUGUCUUUCAACAAGCUCCCACUUCCUCCAGCCCAGCCUUUACCACCCAACAGAAGCAACAACAAGCUCUUCCACAGAUGCAGCUGUUUGAAAACUUCUAUCCACAGCAACAGCACCACCAUCAUCACCAGCAACAACAAGCAUCUUCACAAGCCUAUGGCCUUCAGCCACCUGCUUCUGUAGCACAGCCUCAUGCAGCAGCAGCACCUCCUCAGCACCAUAUGGUUCCACAUCAGUUCCACUCGGUUUCUGAGAGGAGCCAGGAGCUGCUGAAGGCCCUAACAGAGCAGAACCCACAGACUGUCCUACCCCAAGCCCAGAUCCCUCUUCCAAGGAGAUCACGGAGGCUCUCCAAGGAAGGCGUCCUGCCGGCAUCUUCUGCAGAAGAUGCCUUGGCAUCAAAGCUGGCUGAGGAGUACUCCAGCAAUGUGAUGUCCCAUCACUGGCAACUACAGCAGCAUCCAGACAUCCAGUUUCGGCAUCAGUCUGAAAGAUUCAGUCACAAUAAGGACGGUUACUCACAGCUGAACAAAGGAGAGGUGGAACAUGGGGAGAUGACAGUGGGAGUUCAGCCAAGCCAAUCUGAAAUGGAGAAAGUGCAAUAUGAGAAUAUUAGAGAAGUCGAAAAGCAAAUGGCUAUAAAUGAAGGCCUUGUCCAGAGAGCAAACGACUUCAGUGGAGUUAGAGGUGGCGUCAUCCAGAGCACACGGAGACGGAGACGUGUUUCUCAAGAAGCUAACUUGCUAACCUUGGCUCAGAAGGCGGUAGAGCUGGCUUCUCUUCAGGAUGUCAGAGAACCUGAAACUACACAAGAGAAGAACAACAGUGAGGCAGCUGUAGCUGCUCCCCGGAGUGUCGUAGAGUUUGCCAGCUCUUCAUCUGCCCCAAAGCGAGCCCGGGAGGACAGCAGCUUAGUGCCUCUUAUCAUUCCCGUGUCUGUUCCUGUGCGGAGAUUGGACCCUCAAGAGAUCGGAAGGGAUAGGAGUGAGGACGGCAAGUACUUCAUGACCAAUGACCGGGGAGUUCCAGAAAGCAAGCCUUCUGUAAUCGUCACCCGGAGAAGGUCCAAUCGCAAUUUGAAUAUGGACACAUCUGCCCAGAAUGAAGCUCCAAAAGAGGACGCUGACGGUUUUGCACGGAAACCAAAGCAACGGCCCAGACCAGAACCGCUCUUCAUCCCACCCAAAGCUGGCACUUUCAUUGCUCCACCGGUCUAUUCCAAUAUCACCCCAUACCAAAGCCAUUUGCGCUCACCGGUCCGUUUGGCAGACCACCCUUCAGACAGGAACUUUGAGCUACCUCCUUACACUCCCCCGCCAAUACUGAGCCCUGUUCGAGAGGGUUCGGGACUCUAUUUCAAUGCCAUCCUUUCUGCCAGUGGCAACUCCGUUCCACCCCCCAUAACUCCUAAAAGUGGGCACAGGACUCUGCUCAGAUCAAAUAGUGCAGAAGUCACCCCUCCUGUCCUUUCUGUCAUGGAAGAGUGUACUCCUGUCAGCAUUGAGCCACGAAUCAAUGUGGGCCCCCGUUUCCAAGCUGAAAUCCCACCCCUUCGAGAUCAAUCCUUGGCAGCCUCUGACACAGCCAAGGAGGAGCUAGUAUGGCAGCCAUGGGAAGAACUGGAAACGAAUCCAUCUGUCCUGGAGAAUGUGGAGAAUCUGGUAACGGCUGCAUGCUCAAGUAUAUUUCCUGGAGGUGGUACCAACCAAGAGCUGGCAUUUCACUGCUUACAUGAAACGAGAGGAAACAUUCUGAGUGCUCUGACCAAACUGUUGCUGAAGAAGUCUGUGUGGUCUUCCAACCAUCCAAUGGUAGACUAUCACUAUACAGGAUCAGAUCGGUGGACUGCACUUGAGAAAAAGCUCUUCAAUAAGGGAAUUGCCAUCUACAAGAAAGAUUUCUUCCUAGUUCAGAAACUUAUCAAAACCAAAACUGUGGCUCAGUGCGUGGAGUUCUAUUAUACUUACAAAAAGCAAGUUAAAAUAGGUCGGAAUGGGACCUUAAUCUUUGGAGAUGUUGAUUCAACCAAUGAAAGAACUGUUAAAGAUGAAGCUGAAGUCGAUAUAAAGAGCUCCCACAGGCUUACCCGAACGCUUCCUCCUAGAACAUACAAUGAAGACUAUGAAAACACUGAAGAUGAGGAUGAUGAAAGGGAAGUCCGGAAUGAAGUGGUUGUAAAAGAGGAAGUGGUAGAAGGAGACGAGUCAUGUGACAAGAGCAGCAACGCUGUGCCUCCCAAACCUGCACAGACGUCACAUAUAGAGGACCAGGUUGGCAAUCCCUUUACAGAAAGACAGCAAGAUCCCGGUGGUCCAAGAGGGGCCGAGUCCAGGGGCAGAAGCUCAAGGAGGGCGAAAGAGGCUCCCAUUAAAUAUCGCAAGACUUCUCCUCCUGCCCAGAAGAGAAGGAGAAAGCCAAAGCCCAAACAAGAGCCUGUCAACAAAGUCCAGAGCCAAGGGGAAGAAUAUCCAUGUAAAAAGUGUGGCAGAAUCUUCUACAAGGUGAAAAGUCGCAGCGCCCACAUGAAAAGCCAUGCUGAGCAGGAAAAAAAGGCUGCAGCUCUGAAACAGCGGGAGAAGGAAGCGGCAGAGGCAGCGGCAGCAGAGGCGGCAGCAGCAGAGGCGGCUCGGAACCAGACCCGGCAAGCGGGGAGCAGCGAGAGCGGGAGCAGCGAGAGCGGGAGCAGCAGCAACAGCAGCUCAGAUGAAGAUGGGGAGGUCUAGCAAAGGCAGUCAAGGCCAAAGUCUCGGACCCUCAGGAUAUGUUUUUGUCGUUCCUCAGCGGAAGAUGGCUCUGGGCCUCUUGCUCCCAUUUCUUUCCUCGCCUUGCCAGCACAGACUGUCUUGAACUGGUGGAGUGUAAAAGAAAAGGUGUGACUUUGAAAUUUAUAUAUUUUUAAAGAAAACCAAAUUUUUAUGAAUCACUUUAUUUAUAAAUAACUGUUUCAGCACCUAACUAUGGAAUGGAAUUCAUUUUUUUUCUUUGCUCAAACCACCCUUCCUUGUUCUCGCCAAGAAUCAUGACAUUAAGCCCGGCAAUCCAAAUCUGAGAGAGAUCUGCUGAGGCAUCUGGAUGUGGAUGAAACUCGCUUCAAGGAUUUUUCUGUAUAACUUUAGGAAUUUAUAAUGUUUACUUUCAACUUCUUCCUCCUUCUUGAGUUUUCUUUCUUAUGCAACCUCAGUGAAAAUCACAGCUUUGUUUAGCUAGGGUUGCAACUGGUAUAUGUUUUCUCUCUGUCUAGUCAUACAAGCAUUUGUUUUCUACAGCAUGUAGAUCUCCAUGAAAGUCUCUCUCUAAGAUCCUCUCUCUAAGAUGGUGGUAGGGGGGAACAGCCCUUAAAAACACAAAAAUUCAGAGCUGGCCUUCACUAUUGAAUUAAAAAAUCCUUAGUUUUGCUUGUUACCUACAAAUGGCAUGCAGACUGCUGUUGAAAGCUGAACUACUGAGAUGCUUCUAUUGCCAGAGCAGAACACAAGGACCAGUGGCAUUGUCAGUGGAAAAGAUCUCGUGUGUUUUGGGUAGAUAUAUUGUAUCCCCAAGACUACCCAUCUGUAUAGUUUGACACUUUGAACCUUUUUAGAUAUAACAUGUUAGGACAAAUUACAGUGUGCUUCUUAAGUGGGUCCUUCCAGCAUAUCAGAAUAGCACUCCUUAGUUUGAAGUAAAAGCCCAAAUCCUGGUGAUUUGGGGAGGUGUGCAUUCACCCCCCAUUUUUACACAGUUAUAGUUAAAAUUUCAAGAAUGUCGGCAUUGCCUACCUUUCCUGUGAGAUUUAAUCAACUACAUGUGAUUUUAUUUCUCCCCAAUUUAUCCUCACAACAAAUCAUGUGCUGUUGGUCAGAUUGAAAGCCAAAAUCACCAAUCGAAUUUCAUGGCUUGAACUUGAUUUCCCAAGUUGCAGUCAUACAUUUUAGUCACUACACCAUUCUGGCGUUGCAGACUCAAAAUCUUUGCACAAACCUUUUAAGACAUGCUGUGACACACAUUUAUCUCUUGCAGUUAGCCUCUGCUUAUUUCAGCUUAAAGUAGGUUUUAGCAUUAUUCAGCUGUUCACUACAAAACUCAAGCAGGAUACGGUUUUCUUGCCCUUUUAAUGUCCUGGAAGGAAGAACUAUAAGCAAAAAGUUGCUUUUUAGCAGAAAGGGAAAAUAUUUGCCUUGGAAAGUGGGAACUAUAUUGAAACUAUCAAUUCCUGGUAUUGAGUAGAUUUCCUGGCACUUAGCAGACCAAGCAGGCAGAAGGCAUUUUCUUGAAAUCAAGAAGUACGUGGGGAACAAUUUGCAGAAAGGUUUGAUUUCAAGGAAGGCAUUUAUCUUCCCAAUGGAAUCACAGUUUGGCACAGAGCACUUUGGACUUCAUUUGUGGUUAUAGAGAGAAAAGGAUAGCCUCUUUGAAAAUGUUUGCUGAUAGAGAUACAUGAAUAACAAUACUAAUAAUGAUGAAAAAAUAUACGUUGCGCUUUGCAAUAGAUGACUAACAUAAAAUCUUGUAAAGUAUAGUCAUAGCAUAAUGGAAAAUACGUCUUUAUGUGGGUGGAUUGGGAUGUGGCCCAACUUUAAGGGCAUAAUCUAAUUAAAUUAGUCAAGACUAUCUCCCUUUUUUAAACAAAGGAAAUCAUCCAUUGAAAGUCUUGAUUUUUAAGUCCAACUUCAUUGCUUUUGAUGGGAUUUAGUUGCAGUUUGUUUGUCUGGGGAAAAGCAGAAUUGGAUUACUUUUACCACCAACUGAUUCAUACUUCCCUUUCAUGGUUAUCCCAUAUGUGGGAGAAAGGGCGUCCCAUUACAUCCUUGGCCUUAAAUCACAUGCAUUUCUUGGCCCCUGUUCCACAAAAUCAGUAUGAGAAAAUCUAUAUUGGGGAAAAUAGGUUCUGUAUGUCUAGUGGGAAUUCUAGUGCAACCAGAGUUCUCAGUUUUGUGCCCAAAGUUGGAAAUAAGAAUAAUACACUUUAUUUAUAUUCCACUUUAUCUCCCUGGAGGGACUCAGAGCGGAUUACAGUAUACACACAUAUAAGGCAAACUUUCAAUGCUUUUUACACAGUGAAAAACAACGACAUACAAUACACAGACAAAGGUAAAGGCCUUCCCCUUUCAUCUCCGGCAUUUGGAGGUGAUGCCCAACUCUGGCCAUGGGGAGGUGCUCUUGCUCCAUUUUUCCAUGCUGACGAGCCUGUUGUCUGUAGACAUCUCUGAUCGUAUUGCCAGCAUGUCUGCAUGAAGCACCCUUUUACCUUCCUGCCGAGACAGUACCUAUUGAUCUACUCACAUUGCAUGUUUUUGAACUGCUAGGUUGGCAGAAGCUAGGGUUAACAGCAGGAGAUCGUCCCGAUUCCCGAUUCGAACUGCCAACCCUCUGGUCAGCAGAUUUCCUGCAGCUAGUAGUUUAACCUGCUGCGCUACCAUGGCCAUACUCAUUUUACAUUACAAUUCUGCCACAUAUUUGGUGGGAUUCUGAGAAUUGUAGUCAAAAAAUUAACUCUUCUCAGGGUAGUUUCAGGCCCAAGCAAAGAUUCUGGAGGUUCAGCUUGCAUACAUCAUGAAUUGGAUAGACAGAAAUAAACAUGAAAGAACAGAGCUUUUCUAGAAUAUUUGCCUUUAGCUGCUGCAACUGAAUUUGUAAGUGAGCCAUUUGGUUAAAAAUAAAGAUGGGGCCCCAGGACUGAAAACUUUCAAGAGUGCUCAAGUGUCCUCACUCCAGCCCUGACCAGAAAAUUGCCUGUAGCAUCUUGAGUUCUAGAUGUAACAUACAUGUCUCUGAAUUGCUUAGCCAUAUCUUUAAAUUACCUCUUUGCUUUGGAGCCCAUUGCUUAGACUUUUGCUUAUAUCAUACAUACUUUGCUACUAUUGUUUUUGUUAUUAAUCUGCAUUUUAUGGUUUCUAGAACAAUGCUGCUUAAGGUAUUUGAUGAAAUUGCUGGAGUCUCAAUUCCCAAUGCCAGAAACUAGCACUAUAUUUGUGCCCAUUGGCUUUAACUUUCUUUCUUGGAAACUCACUAUGAACUGAUAACCAGUUGCCUAUGGAUGAGAAGUGGUCCACAGAUCACCAUUUUGAGUAGCACUGUCAUAAAAUAACUUCAGGCUCCAUUGCAUCAUCUCUAUGUAUUAUCCCGGACAAUAAAGACAUCAGUUCUUUUUUCCUCUUCUUCUCAAGUUCCCUUGGAUGAGAAAAAGUUAUAAUUCUGCCCAUAGUAUUUACUAGGUCACUUGCAAAGAUAUCUGUAUGUUUCUAAUUUGUGGCACACCUGAAAUCUGUGUAUAUUCUUUCAGUGUAAUUACUUAAGUUAAUUUUAGAUUUAAUAGGCAUGGCUACACAUUUCACCCCUUUCCUGCUAAAGAUCAAACAAACAUGCACUUGGUUGCAAUCUUUGAAAUGCAGGUCCCAGCUUUGUUAAAAGCCUGCCUCUUCUUGCCAUGCACAGCCUUAUUUGACAAAGCACUUAAAUUUUGAAACAUAUCUAUGAAGACUCUGUGUGAAAUGACAGAUUUAGAUCUAUUACAGUUUUCUAGUACAUUGCUGCUCAGCUGCAUGCUUCAGCCUGGCUUAGAAUGGCACGUCUACAUUUGCAAGUUUAACUUUUGCGGAUUCACAGAGUUGAUCUAAAUAUUCUCUCUAGGUCAGUGGUUCUCAACCUGUGGGUCCCCAAGAUGUUUUGGCCUUCAACUCCCUGAAUUCCUAACAAAUCCUAGCUGAUAAACUGGCUUGAAUUUUUGGGAGUUGUAGGCUAAAACACCUAGGGACCCACAGGUUGAGAACCACUGCUCUAGGUCCUCCAGUGCAGUUCUGUGAUCAGCCUUUAACCAGAGUUGUGCAGGAGAACAUAAGAGAUUUCUAGAGAGAUGUUCCAUCAGGUUAAAAGAAAAAAAAACCCUAUAAUGUUAUUCACAGUUUUUCACUUUUACAGGGCUCCCUAUCCCAACAAAUUUGGAAGACUGACUGUGUAUUGAUGGUUCUUGCAGGGUGGUUAGUAAGACCAGAAAGAGAGGGACUGACAAAGCACAUGCAUUUGUUCACUUUGGCUGUUUCUCAUAUAUUGAAAGAUAUCCAAAUGGCCACACAAAGAAGGAACCCAGAUUGUUUCCCAGCUGAACUAUUCCCCCAGUACAUUACUUGAGCCAAUAAGCAUAGAGAUGAAAUGGAAAUGAAAUGAAACUUUAUUUAUAGCUCGCCCUAUCUCCUUGAAGGGACUCAGGUUGGCUUACAACAAAAUAUACACAGUGGCAAACAUUCAAUGCCGACAGUAAUUUAUAAACAAAUCAAAAACGAUAAAAUUAUAAAACAACUUAAAUAAGACAUAACACAAUCCACAUAGUUAUAAACACAUUAAGUCCUUAAAAUCUCAUUAAAAUCUUAAAUUCAGCUAAAAUUGUUGGAGGGAAGAUGGUGAACAGCAGAUUAACAAGGUGGAUUAGCAGCUAGGAGGGGGUGCAUAUAGAUGUACUUAAUCCUCCAACCCUUAAAGUGCAGUCCUAUGUACAUUGACUCAGAAGUAGGAGUUUUUCCCAUAAUUUCAGCCUCAAAUAGCCAUUAAUGGCUUUUUAAAAUGGUUAACUGGCAUAGUCUACAAAUUAUUCCCCUUAUCCAAAACAGUAGCAAAAAGAUGCUGAAAGAUCAACAAGCAUGCCCAGGUGUGCCUAAAAUAAGUGAUUUUUCCGGUGUUGAAUCCUUUCUUGCUCUCAAUGUUUUCUGCCCUGAGACCCUUUUCUAAAGUCUCCAAGAAUUGGUUGUCUCUGGAGGAGGCAGCUCACAUGUGCCUGCUUUCUUCUGAGAUGAGUUGAACAUUUUCCGUGAGUUCAGCUGUUUCUUUUGCCUGCUCUGUGUGUUGCUGCGCUAGAGCUGAAGCCCUCCAGGCGCUGAGGAUUGUGCAAUUUCUGCUCCGUUUUGGGGGCUGCGUGGGAUGCCUGUCUAAGCUUUUUUGUGAUGACAGACUGCACCUGUUGCCACCUUCUUAUCUUUCCUUCUCCCCAUUUCUCUCCUGCCAUAUUUUCUGGAACAUGGGGUUUAAGUCAACAGCUGAACCUAUAAAGUCUCCCAGCUGCUUCUGUUCAGACAGAAGUGAAUAUACAUUUGUAAAGAUAUCAUUGUAUGUUGGAUUUUAAAAAAAUUAUUGUGCUUUAAAAUAUAUUUUAUCUCUUUCUCCCUCAUUCUCUCUCUCUUUGUAUCUUUUGAGCUUUUGUGGUGGUUCUCCUAAAGUUCAGAUUUGGUACAAAUGGACUUUCCUUGACUCUGUUUAAUUUGUAUUGCUGAAGCUUUCUGGUCUACUGUACAGAACUGUCUACUUUUAAUUAUUUGUACAAAUGCUUUUAUUAAAAAUAUAGAGCUUUUAUUUUAACAAAUGAGCAAGAACUGCUUCUUGUGUAUUUGCUGCACUUUUUUAAAAGAAAGACUGUUACGUAUUAUAAUAUUGUACAUAUGAAAGUAUUAUAUACCUCUUGUGUACAGAUGUGAUAGACAAGACAAUUUAUUUUUGUGCUUUUUUAUUUACAAAAUAUUAAUACACUAAAAAGUCUUGCUGAUGUGAUUUAAUGUACUCGUGUAACUUAUUUACUUCUGGAUGUUCCAUUUUAUCUUUUUAAACCUUUUUUAAAAAUUAAAUAAGGUUUAAAAGCAA